AUGAGCAAUCCUCCUAUCAUUGCCGUCAUUGGGGUGACUGGAGCUGGUAAAUCGACAUUCAUCAAUACCGCAUCCGGCAAGAGUGAUCAUGGAGUAGGAUAUGGUAUCGACUCAUUCACGCAGGUUGUGCAAACGUCGUCCGCUCUAGUCGACAAUGCAUGGGUCAAUCUCAUCGACACGCCAGGCUGGGAUGACACGCACCGUACCGACACGGAUAUACUCACGCUUAUAGGAGAUCAUCUAGGGAACUUGUUCGGCGCUGAUCAGCUGUUACAGGGCGUGGUUCUGCUUCAGCCUAUUACUGGCACACGCGUGUAUGGCACCGAGCGCAAGCGAACCAGACUCUUCGAGAAGAUCUGUGGAAUGAGUGCGUUCCCUAACAUUGUGAUUGCCACAACCAUGUGGAGUGACGUGGUCGAUCAAGCUGCUGCCCACCAACGUGUUCAGGAAAGGAUCGGAUCACCGGAGUUCUGGGGUUCUAUGGUUCAAGGUGGCGCUAGAGUCAUGAAGCAUGACAAUACACAAGAGUCUGCUCUCACUAUCAUUAGGACGCUGCUUUCGAAUCAAGCCCGCCCACUGCAGCUACAAACAGAGCUCGCGCAGGGCUAUGACCUUGCGAACACGUCAGUGGGGGUUCAACUCACCGCAGAUAUAACGGCUAUGGUCUUCACAGGUCAGAAUCGAAUAGAGGAGCUGGAAGAAGAAGUUCGAAGAACUGCUGCCGACAAUGCUGCCCUAAGAGCUAAGCUACAAGGAGAUAUUAAUGAUCUCAACGACGAGGUGAAGAAACAGAAAGAGGAGAUUGAGAAACUCAGGAGAAAAAAGGUGAGUGCCACAGGAAUCUGCUCAUCUACCUACUGA